AUGUGGUGCGAUUGCGCCUCGAACACUGAUAACCAUGACGCCUUCAUGGUUCCUCUAAAUUACGGAAGUAUAUCCGGACAUCUGUUGCGCGAGACUUUUUACGCUGGUUUUAUUAUUGAUGUUGACUUUAGUGGUUACAAAACUCCAAGCUGCGAAGAGAUAACUUGUUUUCUGCAGAUAAUGACCAAACCCGCGCAUACAAAUUCAAGUCAAAAUUCUGAUCACGACAGAUUUGGCAAUUGGCGGAAACGCAACUCUGAAUUACCUCGAAAUCAGAGCGGGAAGCAGAAGUACGACCCAUAUUGGGAUGAUGUAGCGGUUGCGGAUGGUAUUCAGUCGGGUCAAUUGAUAAUAGGGCAACUCCGAAUCAAUCCGAAAAACUAUGUUGAUGCCUACAUCAACCACCCGAAAGGCGAUGCUGAUGUCUUCAUACCUGGCACGAGAGCCCGCAAUCGCUCCUUAAACGGCGAUAUGGUGGUUUUGCGCCUGGAACCAGUUAAGAACUGGAGGAUCUUUGACCCAUUUCUCAGCACAAAGGCAUUAGAAUGGGCUUCUACCACUCAGGCAAACUUAGAUGCUGGCAAAGCGGCCUUCGUUACUGUCGGCGAGUUCCUUCGUCAGGACCCUGAAUGUUUUGCUGCGCUGUUUGCGAAUAUUCCCCAUGGGUUGAAAAAUCACCUUGAGAGUUGGACGGAUCCCACGAAUCUACCGGACGAGCCAUCGGCCAGUCUCUCCGAGGCCGCACGACUACCAUGGUGGCAGCUGAUUCAGCGUGUCGGCCGUGUGGUCGCUAUCCAUCGUCGUCUCAAUUGCCGCAUCUGUGUAGGCUACCUGCGACCUCUCCCAUCUUCCUCUUCUUCACGAAAGCAGAGGGAGACCAAGCGGGAAAGGGAGGAGGAAGUGAAUUCCUCAUCAAUGCCGGAUUGGCAACUAGCACUCCUCACCCCUACGGAUUCGAGAAUGUGCAGAAUUUUGAUUCCUAGAUCUUUCUGCCCCCCAGAUUUUGUUAGACAGCCAGAAACUUUUAAAAUGGUGCGAUUUGUGGCCCAAAUCACUGAUUGGCCGGAGGACAGUCUCUAUGCCAAGGGCCGACUGAUCCGUCGUUUUGAUGAGGAGACGAUGAGUUACAUCGAUGCUGAGACAGAUCGUAUUCUAGUGAACGCCGGCUUUGCCUUGGGCGUGGAGAUGGUUACCAGUUUUCCCGUAGCCGUGGAGACUUACGUGUCAGAGAAGGUACUGACUCUCUCCUCCCCUGCCGACUUGGCCGCAGAGUACGCGCGCCGACGCGACUUCCGCAGCCAGUGCGUUUUCACCAUCGAUCCGCGGACUGCCCGUGAUCUGGACGAUGCACUGCACGUGCGUCGCCUUCCGCCCUCUGAGGUGGCGACGCUGGAGGCGAAGGGGGUGCGUGGCGCCACCUUUGAGGUGGGCGUGCACAUCGCCGAUGUGAGCUUUUAUGUGCGUCCCGAGGACCCCGUGGAUGUGGAGGCGGCGUCACGGUCCACAUCCAUCUAUCUCGUUCAACUCUGUGUUCCGAUGCUUCCACGGAGGCUGUGUGAGGACCUCUGCAGUCUCCAUCCCGGAGAUGACAAAUUCACCUUCUCUGUUGUCUUUUUACUCACCGAAGACGCUCGAAUAUUGGCCAAGUGGUUUGGAAGGACGAUCAUUCACUCACGAGCUAAGCUUAGCUACGAGGAUGCACAGGCCUUUCUAGACGACCCCGACCGUGAUUGGCAGCCUUGUGAUCUUGCAAACCUCGAAGGCGGUGCAGAUGUCAAGGAGAUUUGUCGCAGUGUUCUUAUCCUCAACGAGUUGGCGCUGAAGAUGCGGACGCGUCGCUUCGAGGACGGAGCACUGCAGUUGAACCAGGUGAAGCCGACAUUCACACUGGCAGAAACAACAGGUCUACCAGUUGGCUUGGCACCCUUCAUAGUGCGGCCGGCGAACCGUCUAGUAGAGGAGUGGAUGCUGGCGGCCAACGAGGCGGUGGCCGAUCUUCUCGCAUCCCGUCUACCCCGCACAGCCUUCCUACGCCGUCAUCCCCCUCCCACUAUGAAGCAAAGCAAGGACGCGCGCUCCCUCUUACGCAUCAUUGGAGUGGAUGUCAAUGUUUCCUCUGCCGGUGCUAUUCAGAGUUCACUUAACCGCCUCUCUGGCUGUGUCAGCGGCACUAGUUGGCAGCAUUCGGACAAUCUGGCGGAGCUAUGCGCCUCCAUGAUGGGUUGUGCAGUGGAACCAAGCGACUCUACCGCCACUGCUGCUGUGAAGGCCGAGACAGCAGAGGAGGCGCGCCUGUUGGCAACGCUGAACAUCCUAACAAGGUGCAUGAACCUAGCUGAGUACUACUGUUUGGGCGCGGUCCCCGAUCAAUCCGCAAGCUCUGCCUCUUUCUACACCAGCCACUACGCCCUCAAUAUGACCCACUAUACGCACUUCACUUCGCCCAUCCGGCGCUACGCUGACCUCAUCGUCCACCGUCAACUCGCUCUCAUUCUUGCCGCAGCCUCAGAGAAGGCCAAUUCACCUGAAGUGGCAAAGGCCUACCGCGCUACAUGCACCUCAAAGGUGCUGGCUCGGCCGGACCAACUGGCCGCCAUCGCCGACCACUGCAACGCCCGCAAGCUGGACAGUCGCAAGGCCAGCGAAGAGUCUGUCGAGGUCUUUUUCACCGUCUUCGUCAAGGAAUGCGGCCCGCUGACGGAGGCCUGUUCAGUGGUGAGCGUGUUAAAAAAUGCCUUCGAUGUCCUGAUUCUCUCCACGGGUCUGAUGAAACGUGUUUAUCUCAACAGACUGGACCUAAGCUGUUACGAAUACGAGGAGGCAGCAACGGGUGACAAAGGGGUGGUAGGUGCCGGAGUCCUCCACCUGCAGUGGAACAUGCGGUCUUCAGAAAGCGUGGUAUCUCCCAAAUCAUCUGCCAUCGUCGCCAGUCCUCCUUCACCCCUGCUAUCCGACCCGGCAGUACUGAACGCGGUACCCGCACUCGCUGGAGGUGACGCCCGACCACCGCAUUCGUUACCUGCUCCCUGCGGCUGCUUUCGUCAGGAGUUACACCUCUUCGACCUUUGCAGAUGCCUCGUAGCGCUUGAUGAGGCCUCACCCCCCAACAUUGCAAAGACUAGUGAGGUGGAUGCCAUCAACAGCAGCGUCGGCGGUAGCAACGGUAAUCGGCUUCUCAAAUUGAAGACUGAGAGUAGGCUGAUUCUGAAUAUUGAUUCGGAACCCUGGGAUCUGGGUGGGCCGCCUCCGAUGCUUUAUCCAUCUUAUAAUUCUUACUGGAUGCGGGUUGAACCAGUGGUCCGCUUACGGUUCCUCACGCAUCAGCGAUGGCUCGUGAGUAUUGCUCGUUUCAAAUCCACGAGGUCAUUUCGGAGUUACGAUUCCUACUGGCCACGACCCUUCAUCAACCGUAUGCUCAAUACCGAUCUUCUUGUUGAGGGUCGACUGUGUUACACCUCGGAGAACUCAGCCUACGUGAUCAAUCCCUCUGAUGGGAAUCGAAUCCUCCUCUUUGCAAAGGCCUUAAACCGAGCCCUGCCCAACGAUAUUGUCGCUGUGAAGUUGAACAAACCCGAACAAUGGCGGGUUCGCGCCUUUCUAGAGGAUCCUGAGGAUCGCUGCAAUCGAAAUACAUCUUUAAUUGUUCCCGCCGAAGCAGAGGAAGAAUUCCUUGACGAGUCCGACGAUGACUUCGACCCCUCCUCCUCCACCCUUAAAGGCAAUCUCACUACAAAACCUCACUUCCAACUGACCAUGGAAAGUAAUCCUGGGCGGUGGAAUUCGGCCGCCGCUACCAACGGUGGCGGUGAAGGUCUCUACCCCACCGUCCGAGAGGUGUUACAGACCUCUCCCCUCCUCCUGCGUCGCCUCUUUCCGGGGACUUUAACUGCACUGGGACUACAGGAACAGAAGCCCCUGUCGCCACUUCCCAGUCGGUACCUGUUGCGCACCGGCCGAGUGGUGGGUGUGCUGGCCGAGGACUCUGCCAGUCGCCGUCUUGUUGGCAGUCUCGUCUUUGAGUCUGCUCUCCUCCUGCCCUCUGCAUUCGUGGAGGCUGAGGGCCUGGAUGAGUUUACUCGGCCUCACCGGGGCGUGAUUGAGGGACGCGAUGGUCUACCCGUGGCAGUACCUAGUGUCAACUGCUUCUUUGUGCCUGAGAGGAUCCAUGUCCCUAGAGUCAAGCUGGUCCCUUCAUCUGUUCCUGAAGAUCUUUGGGCGAAUCCUCACAAGGCAGAGGGUGUUCGGUACCUUUGCAAAAUUCAGGAUUGGCCAGCCACCUCGCCUUAUCCCAAGGGGAUCCUCUGUGGACAAAUUGGCGAUCCACGGGAGAUUGAACCAGCCACACAAGAAAUUCUCCUAUCGCACGGCAUUUGUGAGGAUGAGUUCACUGAAGACAUGUUGAGGGAUCUGCCAGCCUCUGAGGAGAAAUUUCAGAUCCCCAACUACGAGUACUUGCGCAGAAAGGACUUUCGCUCGCACUGCGUUGUCUCUGUAGAUCCCUCUACGGCCAAAGACCUCGACGAUGCUCUUCACGUUAAGAUGUUCACGAAGGACGUUUUUGAAGUUGGUGUACAUAUUGCCGAUGUGUCUUUCUUUGUGCGACCAAUGACACCCCUGGACCAAGAGGCAGCAAACCGAACAACUUCCAUCUAUCUUGUCCAGCGUGUUAUCCCGAUGCUGCCUGCUAUUCUUUCGGAGCGCCUUUGCAGUCUAAAUCCGGGCGUUGAUCGGUUGACCUUCUCCGUCGUCUUUAAGGUCGACAAAGAGGGAAAUGUGUUGGACGUGUGGUUCGGCCGCUCGGUGAUUCGGUCGUGUGCGCGCCUCUCUUACGAGGAUGCAACAACUCUGCUUGAGACUCCGCACGGAGAGUUGGACAAUCUUGCCUCUCGUAUCGCUGUCCAGAGACCUUUCUCACUCUCCAACAUCAAGCGCUCCAUCACCUAUCUCGACAUGUUAGCUCAAAAGAUGCGAAAAAGGCGGGUCGAAAAUGGGGCGCUGCUAUUGGACAAAGUUCAACUGCAAUUCGAUCUCAUCCCCAAGGAAGCGGAGAUCAAGCAAUUUCCAUCAUUCUCGACGAUUUAUCUCAUGGACGACCUGUCAUCUAAUCACCGAUAUUUUUCACCUGGUACAUGUUUUAACAACAUUAACGUUGCCAGCUCUGCGCACGGCACUUCUUCGAAGGAAGCGUUGGAAGCAGACUCUAAGAAGCUAGUGGAAGGUGGAGAACCUAUCGAACGACCCCAAGUCUGGCCGGCGGGCUGGCCGCGGGGUUACGCAAUAAAGCAGAGUGGUCGCGCUCACCACCUCAUAGAGGAGUGGAUGCUUGCGGCUAACCAGGCUGUGGCACGGCGCCUCUUCUACCACGUCAUCCAGCAGAAGCACCAGGAGAUCCUACUCAACGCUGAUGUCAACACUGUCACCACACCCACCAUGACCGCCGCGGUCGGGUCCAGCGCGGCACACCCCACUGGAGUGGAGAGAUCAAAGAGCUUACGAACCUCUUCCAUGGGUACGGUCCUUCGACGCCAUCCUGCUCCAAAGGUGUCCAAAAUGGAAGAAUUGGUCAAGAUCGUCAGCUCCGCGGGCAUUGCACUGGACACCACGUCAGGUGGAGCGAUACGUACUUCCCUGGACGCCUACAUCGCGAGGCUUCGAGAGCAGGGCACGCCAGAAUCUGAGGUGGAGAGCCUCUCCACGGCAUUGAGCUACCUCACCUAUAUGCGCAUGCAGAUGGCGCUGUACUUCAGCGUGGAGGACGUAGUAGACCGAGCCAUCAGGAAGGUGCGUAACGGUGAAGAUGCAGCAAUGUCAUCAUCGACCUUGGAUACAAUGGAGACGGCACCGUCCUCUUCCACAUCGCACGAGUCGUGGGAAUCUUCCCUACUUAAAUUCUCUCACCACUUUGGCCUCAAUGUGCCGCUGUACACACACUUCACCUCUCCUAUCCGCCGCUAUGCUGAUCUUCUCGUCCACCGCCAACUGGCUGACCUGCUGGGCUGUGGCCACUGGUCAUGCCCGAGGCCCUCCAUCUCCCCCGCUCCCUCUACAGGCAGCACUUCCACAGCCCCAUGCGCGCCGCGUCGACUGACUGUGCAGGCAGCAUGGUGCAAUCGCAUGCGACGCGAGACGCGCAGGGCUCAAGAGGAGAGCCAACAGCUCUUUCUCGCCGCCUGGAUCAAGUCGAGUGGUUCGGUGCAGGAGAAUGCGGUGGUGCUGGGUUUGGGCAGCAAUAAAGUCCAGCUUCUCAUUCCUUCCUGCGGUCUUGUACUCAAUCAUCAAUUACAGAAGUUUUGUCGUAAGGCCUCCAGUUGGCAGAUGGGUAGCAAUAGAGGUGCUAAUGGCGAUACGACUCAUGCCCCAUGUGUCAUCGUGGAGUGGAAUGAGGCGGAAGGGGAAGAGGGAGAGGCGAAUGAGAAAGUGACAGCUGCUGCCUCUACCACCACAAAACUCUCUAUCCUCUCCGUGUGCCCUGUUCGACUGACCUGCAGUUCGAUGGGCUUCUACGUGAAGGCUGAACUUUUGCCCUCUUCGAAUCCCUCACUGCGGGUGCCGUCCAAACUUGAGACGGAGGAGGUGUUAAUGGAUAACAUAUGUACAUCUUCUCGAAUCAACAACUUGAGAACAAGUUUCUUUAUGAACGCUGUAAAUAGUGAAGAGGCACGCCAUGUCGAGGCUUUGACCUGGUCCCUGUAUAGCGUCUUGCCUAUUCUGGGGAGACGGUUCAGGGUCCAUUCAAAACAAGUCGCAGUUCCUCCGAAAUGUCCGUUCGUGAAGCUUGUAAUACCGGAAAAUCCGGAAGGAGGUAACAGAAAGUUCACUAUGGUACUUUGUGGGAUGGGUGAGAUUGUGAUAGCGGUUUACACGAAUCCUGUUCUUGUCUGGCUUUCGUAA